CUGCGACACACAGGGAUGUAAACAAACCAGCGGCGGAUUGUAAACUGUCAUUUAUUACUCCGGUAUUUUUUAUGUCAGUAAAUAGAAACUGCUUAUUUUUCGUAAUGCACCUUUAACGGGUUUUCCUGAAUUUCCGGUUACACGUCACCGACACUCGGUUUAAAAUGAUAUACCAUGUUCCCUGGAUCUACACACCGGUGCGGACUGUCCUGGCAAUCUGGCACCAGCUGACCAAAGCUGAGAUCCCGGAGCUGACCAAGUGCUCUGUGCUGAUGAGGGAACGAAGCAGGGUGGAGGAGACGAUCUACGCUAUGCGGCGAGCAGGUGCAGGCAGCCUGCAGGUCAUCUCUGACUUUGACAUGACACUGACCAGAUUCGCUCACAAUGGCAGGAGAGUUCCCACCACCCACAACAUCCUGGAUAACCGGUUGUUGAUUAAUGAAGACUGCACCAGAAAAAUGAAGGAGCUGUUGAACACCUAUUAUCCCAUCGAGAUUGAUGCUAGUCGGAGCGCUGAAGAGAAGCUGCCUCUCAUGGUGGAGUGGUGGACCAGAGUCCAUGAGCUGCUGAUUCAGCAGAGGAUCAGGAAAGACCUGCUGGCCCAGGCUGUGAAGGAAUCCAACACCAUGCUCAGGGACGGCUACAAGGGGUUUUUUGACGGUCUGGCUGAGCAUCAGGUUCCACUGUUGAUCUUCUCUGCUGGCGUUGGCGACGUCCUGGAGGAGGUGAUCCGACAGAACCAUGUCUUUCAUCCGAACGUCCACAUCAUCUCCAACUACAUGGACUUUGACCACACUGGGGUCCUACGAGCCUUUAAAGGCCAGCUGAUCCACACGUUCAACAAGAGGGAAGGCGCUCUGUCCCACGCCGCCGGCCUCAGGGAGCUGCAGGGUCGACCCAAUGUGCUGCUGCUGGGAGACUCUCUGGGAGACCUCACCAUGGCUGACGGAGUAUCUGAGCCCCAGAACGUCCUGACCAUCGGAUUCCUCAACGACCAGGUGGAAGAGAGAAAAGAGACGUACGUCAACUCCUUUGACAUCGUACUGGUGAAGGAUGAGACGAUGGACGUUCCUAAUGCCAUCUUCAGGUACAUUACCUCAUCAAAGGACAACAAGUAAGACACACAAGAAGGAACUGGACAACGUACGCAGAUGAACCGGUUCACUGCAUUCACCACGUUGCAUGCAGGACAAUCACACAUCCUCACUUACCUCAAACCAGAACCCUGGACUGAACAUGUCUGGAGUUUUGGUGCAAUACUCUUUACUCUGAAAUCGUUUCAUUUUUAAACUCUGUAUUUGCUGUAAAUUAGUCAUUCUACCAAAGUCUUCAGGUUCAAAAGGCAACGUUGCAGCUUGAGUUGUCCUUUGAGUAAAACUGUACUGUAGCACCAGAUAUAAGUCAGUCAACGGGGACUUUAUGUUGUCUGGAAACUUGCCGUGCUCCCUCUGAAAAUAUUUCUGUAGUAUUUUUUCCCCAUUGUGUUAUUUUGUCCAGUUUUUGUUUUUUUUUUAACUCCUUUAACAAAAAAAAAAAAACAUUUUACUUGGGCUGCUUUUUAAUUUCUUUUAGUAUGUUUGAGCAAAAGUGUUUAACACGUUUUGUAAAUGUCAGAUGUUGGACUCAAUAUUGACAUUGUUCUGGUGUGUUUCAUGUGUACUGUAGAUCACCUCUUUGUGCACGAGGUGGAGGAAUGACAGUGUUAUAAAAAAAACAUAACUACUGCUACUUUCUUGCAUUGUGAGCGUAUGGCAGUAUGGUCGUAAAGACAGAAUGCCAUGAAUCAAGCCGUAGCUUUUAAAUUCUGUUAGAGAUGCCUCUUAAUACCUGUUACUAUUUGGUCUGAGCUAAGAUCCAGUAGUUUCCCACCAAUAUGAUCCAUUUUUUUUACACCUUGGCAAGUGCCAAUGUGCUGAGACGUUAUUUACCAGCUUUUAAAAAUCACUCCGUUGCUAAAUUUACAGUUUCAUUACAGACAGAAGCAUCAUUUAAGAUGAUACUGCAGAGCUGCAACAUUUCAAAACACCCAAACAUGUUUCAUCACUUUCUUCACAAAGAUGAAGAAAAUCACAGGCAAAACUGAAGUCGCGUUUUUGAGAAUCUGAGGACAAGCCACCACAGAGGCCAGUUCAUUGUGGAUCAGGCAGCCUCCAAAGGCCUUGACUGUCUGAUCCCUGGCUGCCACACUGGUUUUCUGGGACAUAGAUCGUUGCCUCUCUGGUGGGAAGGAGCCUUAACUUAUGCAGGAGGUGGAGAGAUACCGACUAGAUUUACUUGGGCUCACGUCAACGUACAGCAAAGGCUCUGGAACCAAUUUCCUGGAUAGAAGCUCGACUCUACUCUGAAGUUACUCUGGGUUAGAGGUGGCAGGUAUAUCUACUUUUAGUCCUCAGCUUGGUGAUUAUAUGUUUCUCAGUGAGUGAGAGGGUUUUAAUCUUGUCGAUGCUGUGUUUGGAGAUCUUUCCCCUUCUACCUCCAGCAGUACUUCUAUAGGAUUCAGAGGAAGGCUGAAUCUGAAUGGUCUGUGUUUUACACCUCCAUUGCUGAGGCAGUUGAACAGACGCUGUUGUCAUGACAACCCCCAAACCAUGUAGUGGACACCAGCAAUAAACAAAGAUGUCAACCUGAAUAAAAGAGUCUUAGAUAGCUCGUGGGACAAUGGGGGCAGCUGACAAAUAUGGACAGGCCAAGCUGUGUACAACUUGGACAGUUGUGAAGCGAAAACUCAAAUUUGGAAGGCCAUGAAGAGAAUCUGGCAAACCGUCAGACAACUCAGGAAGGGGACGCAGCGCUUUGCACACAUUACAUGUAAUGGAAAUAGAGUGUUGCUGACCUGAACUGGGGGAUAUAGUUGGGCAGUGGAAGGAAUAAAAGAAUCUCCUAAAUCCCACUGACAUGUCUUGCAUUGAGGAGGCGGAGUUAUGGGACAACAAGGCUGACAACUGAUUUAGUUUUUUUUAAAAAAACAAAAAAACAAGCAUUGCAAUGUUGGGGUGCAGGGGUUUGGUCUGAGCAUUGUAAGGCUCUGGAUGAUGAGCUGUCCCGAUUGACGUGCCCCCUGCAACAUUGCAUAGAAAUCAGGGGCUGUGCUUCUGUAUCGGCAGACUGGUAUGGUGGUCCCUCUUUUUUAAAAGGUUUAUCGCACUUCUCAGCCUCCCUGGGAAAAUCUACACCAGGGUAUUGGACAGAUGAAUCUGUCUGUCAAAUCUUGGAUUCAGGGGGAACGAUGUGGUUUUUUUCCCUGGUUAUGUAACACUGGACGAACUCUCCGCCCUCUUAAGAAUACUGGCAGCUGUGUAGGAGUCUACAUGUGCUUCCUGGGCUUGGAAAAGAUGUAUGACUGCAUCCCUCAGGGGUGUCCGGUGGGAGAUGCUUCAGGUGGGGUCUCUGUACAGCCACAGUGAGAUCUUGGUUGCCAUUGUCAGCAAUAAGUCAGAUUCAUUCCUGGUGGGUGUUGGACACCAUCUGCACUGCCCUUUGUUACGAUUCAAACUUCCAAAGACAGCAUUCCUAUGUGCUGCCAAGAGCUGGAGGGUGUCCAGUUUGAUGGAUGUUGAGAGAUCUUGCAGCUCUGCAGUUUAAACUAAAACGUUUAGCUGGAAAAGAUGCCAGUGAAACGUUCACUAGACAGACGUUAGCUGCUGCCAACAGCUCAUCCAUCAACUGCUGCACCUCUUUUUUUGUCAUUAUUACAGGUGCAGUUAAUGGUGAUGUCAGAUGAUUUUCUAUGCUGAGCUUUUUUCUGGUCGUAUAAAAACUGAAACUGUUUUGUUUUUCUUACAAACAUUUUAAUUAAUGUGACUUUUCAGGGACAAAUAAAGGUGCUUGUUUGGUUUUCUGAAUAAAAACAGCUCUCAAACACAGAACACAUUAUACAACACUCAACUCCACGAAACAUCCUUUUGCACUAUUUUCAUGUCAUUCCAAAAAGACUGUGCAAUGUGGUACGAAAAAUAUUAAACCAUAUUUCUGUAUGGCAAAA